UUGUUUAUCUUUGUUGUUAAUUAAUUAAUUAACUUUAGUUAUGAGUUUGAAAAUACCAUUUUGAUCAAAUUUUCUACCAGGAAUAACAAUAAGUGAACGAGUUAUUUUUUUCGGCUCAAAAACGUCAUGGACUACAAUAUAGUAGUCUCAAAAAAAAAAAAAAAAAACAAAAAUCAUAGAAAUUUAAUAUCGACUACUAAACAAACUCAAUUUACAUAUAAAAUCACUACUUUUAAAAAUUGAAAAUUGAAAACCAGUUUUUAAUGAAAUGGAUUUAAGUUUUUUUUCUGUAACUGUGGAUACAUUUUUUGCUGAGCCAAUAAAUGAAAACAUUUGGUACUAGCAACAAUGUACUUCAUAAGUUGAUAAUUUAUCAAUUGAGCAAUAAUACAUAAUCACAAUAUUUUUUAUAUGAGUUUAAAUUUACAGCCAGUUGUCCACCUUUUUUUUAUACCUUCUUACUUAUUGGUAAAUAUUUGGUUCUCAAAAUGAAAGACCUAAAAUGUUUAAAUCUAACUGACAUAAAAUAUAUCAUUUAAGACAUAUUGUCACGAAUACAAAUUAGUUAAAAGCUAUAAAAGUUUAAUAUACACAUGCACUUUACUUUGCUUGCUCAUCAAUUCAUAUAAGUGUAUUGUAUAUACUUUGUGAACACAAAAAAAUAGACACAAUAGACUAUAAUAUUAUUGAUUAAUUCUUAUAUACUACAGACUAUUAAAACGUUGUAAAGUAUGCAAGUUGAUAAGCGCUAUUAGAGGCGGGGCUUCGAGAUAAUAUUUAUGAUUUGUUGUGAAAUUAUUAUUCGAUUGUAAAUUGUACGCAAUUAUUAGUUCUAAAUUAAAUAACAUACAAAUAAGACGCAUGCUAUAUGGCAACCAACCAUAUUAUUAUUAUGAGUUAUGGAACGUUUUGUUGAACAAGAAUUAAAGGAAAUUGUUGAUGGAGGUGCAUUCGGGAAGAAUUGUCACUUAGUGUCUUGCAAAUUAUACAAUUAUGGAUCACAUUAUAACGUAAUGAUCAAGUUAAAAAUUCUAAGUUUGGAACUUCGUUAUUGUUUUGGCUGUGACAUUUUGUUUAAUAAUGAACUAAUCUUUUACGAAAAUAUAAUGCCGUUUCUAUUAAAGUGCCGGGGACCGACAGUUAAUGAUGCACAUGCACUAUUUUUACCUCGUUUUUUUUACGGUAGUAAUAAAUGUAGUGAAUUAAUGGCAAAUGAUGUAAUUGUUAUUGAAAACGUUAGUACAUUAGGAUAUUGUUUCAGUAAUGCAAGAGUGUUUUUGGACUACGAACAUUUAACAAUCGCACUUCAGACAUUAGCAAAGUUUCACGGACUGUCGUAUACUGCCAAGCACAAAGAUCCGGGCAGAAUUAACGAUUUUUUAAAAAAUGUUCACAGCAUACACUUGGAUGGCAACGGGCAUUGGAUGUCUCAGCAUGAUAUCUUCAAGAAGUGCGGAAAACGAGGAGUGGACCGACUGUUGGAACGGGACGGGGACAAGUACAGGGACCACGCACGCAUACGCCGCUUGAACGAGUUGUUGGACGACCCGGACAAAACCCUAAUGCAGACAUUGCAUGCUCGAGAACCGCUGUCCGUCAUAUGCCACGGCGACUACCAUCGCAAUACUUUGUUGUUCCAGUACGACGACCACGGACGUCCGUUCGACGCGAUCGCCAUAGACUUUUCUACGAUCCACUACGGGUCACCCGCCUUGGACCUGUCGUCGUUCCUAUACAUAUCCACCACUCAGCGGAUGCGCGAGUUGCACUGGGACGACUUGCUGGACAUCUAUUGUGGCGCGCUGGCCAAGUCCGUCCUGCCUGGAGUCCUUGUGCCCAGUCGAGCCGAAAUCGAUGCCGAAGUGGCCGAGAUCGCCAUAAACGCGUUCGCAAAAGCGUCGUUUUACCUGCCGUUCAUGUUAUGUGACACCGGAAGCAAUUCACUGGAUACGUUGGCGACGAGUGACGACCCGGUUGACUACUUUCUGGCGUUGGGCGGUGACAUGGCGACCGAGUGCAUAGCUGACAUGGUUCAGCAUUUUGUUUCCAUGGGCUAUACAGAUGUGAGCCGUGGCGACCGCUCAAAUCCUGUUAAGAAUGCCUACUCGACGCCCUGUAAGAGCAGCACUACUCUAAUUUGAGAGUAUUAAAACAUUCUAUUUUUAUUAAAAAUAUAUUCCAUUUAUGAUAUGUAUUACUGUAUUUGUUGUUGGUUUGAUUAAUUUUAUCCCAGUUUCUGAUGUGUUAUUGUUAAAGACUUCACGUGUUUUAUAUUUGAAAUUAAUAUUUUAUUAUUUUUCCAGAAACUAUUUUUUUAUUUAUUUUUUAUUCAUAGAUAUAAGAUAAAGAGUAAAUUUUUAUGAUAUCCUAUGUCAGAGAUGGUGAACCUAUGACACGCGUGUCACUCUGUGACAAGCGCACACUAUUUUAGUGACACAGACGAAUGUGUAAAAGUUUGAUAAUAUUAAAGUUUAAAAAAAAAAAAAUUGAAGGUUUAUCGAACUAUAGUUGACACUCAGGGAGAACAAAGUCCAACCAAAAUUUUUAUUUGACACAGUGGUACAAAAAGGUUCACCAUCCCUGUCCUAUGCUCUAAUAUUGUCAUUAUAAAUAUUUAGCUUUAUUAUUAUUAUUAUUAUGUUAUUAUUAAAUCAAUCUAAUCGUGCCAA